AUGCAUAAGACUAUUGCCAUUCUAUCUCUCCUCAUAUUCGUUGCUACUAUCGAUGGAAAACCACAGCGUUCGUCAUCAUUAAUCAAGACAGAUGCUAAAGAAUUAGCUGAAUUGAUGGAAAAGCUCUGGGCUGAGAGUUCAAAUGACGAAAAGAAUCUACUAAAACAAACGUGUCAAGUUGUUAAAAAAUGUUGUCCACCUACAGCUAUUUCAAAGGUUGUCUCCAGUUCAAAGAGCAAUAUCUUUAAUGAUCCAGCCAGUCAAAUUGCCACUAUAUGUUUGAAUACAUCCGACCAUGCUGAUAUAGCUAAAAAAUGUCCAUCAGCAUUAAAACUAAAACCUUCGUCUUCAUCAUCAUCAUCACCAUUCGACAAGCUUGGCAACAAUAUUGACCUAGAAACUCUAGCAAUCGCUUCAAGAAUUAUGAAAGACCAAUCGACGAUGGACGAUUUCGUAAAUCAUCUACACAAUGCCUGCAAUACAGCUGAACAGUAUGCACUUUUGUGUAUGUCGAACAAGAAAUUGUUACAAUCAUGUAUUGGUAAACACAUUCAGAAAAAGUUUGUUCCCGGUAAUAAGACAGCCUAUGAGACUUAUGUAAAAAUUGUCAAAAUGAUGCUGACCGAUAUAACUCUAUUGAUGAAAAAAGCUAAUCAAUCAUCAACCAAGAAAACAUAG